AUGCCGCACUGUGGGGAUGUAUCUAUUGAAUCACAGAAGAUGUUUAUAGAGAAGUCGAUACGAGGCUCUAUCAGAUAUUACGACGUCUUAUUUUGCGAGAACAUGGAAGCGUGUCAUUCCAAGUUCCGAUCGUUCGAUAUCAAGGCCAUCUCGGUCGUGUUCUCCAAGCUCGAAGAAAUCAUGAUGGCCGACGCCGACACAGGAUUCUUUGUGAGUCCGGCGAUUUUGUGGGAGUCGGAGAAGUACAAAGCCACAGGCACGUUGCUCAUGAACGACCGCAUCGCACACGAAAUCUACUUUAUGGCCGAACGCGCUGUUGGGUCUGGAAACAUUUUCUGUCAGCACCGAUACAUGUCGAGCUUUUAUCCUGCGCCGUUCCGCUCCAUUUCUACGCUUGAGCGUGAUAAGACUACACUACCGAACCCUUCUCCUGCCAAGCUGAAAUUUGAGCCUAGUGAUCAUUUACUCAACAACCACUCAUGGAAUCUCCGUACAGGGCAUCAGGAUUCCCCAAUCAUGUUUUGGAACAAGAAGAAGAAGCAACGCGCUACGCCAAUUCUAGGGUCGUUCAAGUCGCUCAGUGAUAUCGGACCACCUCCAUCUUACGGUGACAAGGAGCUGCCGCAGAGUUGGUGGAGGCUCAGUAUUCUUUCUCGGAUCAGCUGUCGGUACGGAUUAUCGAAAAACGGCGAGAAGAACUCGACACUUUGCGGCGAUGUGGCUCAGGUUUUCCCCAUCAAACAAGCGAACGAGAACGAUCCGGAACUUCAACCGGUGUAUUACAUGAAGGCUCGAAUGGCUGACGUGUACCUUGGAGCCUUUGGUGAACGUCGGAUGGAAUGCCCGUUUGAGAUGACUGGAGCUCACGGUUGCAUGAAUGAUUUCGUGAUUAUGUGGGAGAAAGUCGCUCAGGACUGCACAAGUGACCCACAGACUAAGGAAAGCAGGAAUACCGCUACCGAUGGGGUCGUAGACGAGCAGAUGCACGAAAUGAGAGAAGCUUAUCGACAAGUUAUCAUCCCAAACGUGUAA